AUGGGACUGUAACAAUCAAAAGGAAUCAUUAACCCCACACACAAGGUUUAGGAUGAUGAUAUCAAUUUAAGAAGGUAGAGAUCUUUAUUUUUCCCUUUAGGUGAAAAUAGACGCAUAAAGACAAUUGACUACCUUCUAGUUGCUUGCGAUACUCUUGAAAGUGGUGGUGUCGAAAAAGAUUAGAGUUCAGUAUUAAAUAAAGAUUUGUAAGAAAAGAGAAAAAAACUAAAAGCUACUUCAUCUGCUAAUCUGUAAUUGAUUGAAGAAGCCUUUAAAGAGUAUGAUUACAACUACUCCAAAAGCAAUGUAGUUAAAAUUAACUUUUAAUUGCAGAAAAAGUCAUUCGAUGACUAUCUAAAUGAUUUAUUUAGUAAUUCAAACACCAAUGGAUUCAUCCUCUAUUUUACUGGACAACUUACUGAGGCUUAGUAGCUAGUCAUCAAUUAGACAGAAAACACUGCUGUUUUCUACGACUUUAAGAAUAUCAUUAAACGCUGGCGUAGAGUUCCCAAUUAUACCAAUAAACAUCUUUUAAUUAUAGUCGAUGCUGAAAACUCUGGCUCCAUUCUUGCUUUGAACAAAAAAGUACAUUUAGAAGAAUAUGAGGAUAUCUUUGGAUUAGAUUAGACAAAUGAAAGCGAAUUCAAAUACAGAAGAGAUCCUACAUUUAGUAUAUUCGCAAGCCAAACUCAGAGAAGCAAAGAUAAAGAAUUUUACUUAGGUGAAAGUCCUAAUAACAAUUUUUAAGGAGACUUUAAGAAUAACACAAGAUUACAAAACAAUGGAAAGGGUCCUAAUAGCUUUAAUGAUGCUUCUGUUAACCAUGUUGAGAUAGAUAAUGAAAAAAUGCAGAGUUACAUUCAAGCAUCAGGCUUUACAGCUUUAUUUUCUUAAUAUUUAAAGAGUGGAAAACCCUCAAGUAUUACUGAUAUUGCUAAGGCUAAAGAUAUUUAAACCGUUUUAAAUGAUAAUGAUCCUUUCUUCUUCGGAUUUAUGGUCAAGGCUUACCUCGAUUUUGGUAUCUUCUUUUGGGCUAGAUACUAGAAAAUGAUUAACUAACUUGAGUUAAAUUGCUAUGUAGCUGUUGGAUUGACAAUCAAAAAUUCAAGUUAAGCAAAUUCAAAUAAUGAAAAAAUAGGUUAAUUUACUUCAUAGAUAUAUCAAGCCAUAACUGACGACUAGAAGUUAAUGUUAGCAAAAGAUUUAACAGAAACACAAAAAGUGUAAGGUCUAAUGAGUUCCCCUUAAAAAUCAAAAGUUUCCACACUAGCAGAGUUAGACAGUAAUAAUUAUAGCGAUUUAGAAUCGAAGUUACUUCAUAACAGUGUAAAAGGCUAGUACUUUGGAUUUGUUGGUAUUUUGAAAAAGGAUAAGAAGUUUGGUAAUCCAUUAUUUUCGAAACCAGCUUAAGCACCAAAAACCUCAAACCAAUUAAAUUUGAUUAAGUCUAUUGAUAAUCUAGAUGUACCAGAGAGCAACAAUAAUCUCAUAUCUUCCCUCAAUCACCUAGAAGUAAGCUCAUUCUAAUCGAACAAUGCCUUUAAAUCCACCAUACUUAGAGGAAAUUAAAAUUUAGAUGAAGGAAACAUAGUAAGAAAGCAUUAUGGAAUGUAAGAAUACUAUAAAGAAAUCGAAGGCCAAUAAAAUAAAAGCGAAGCACAAUUUUCUGAAUUGUACGAAGGCAUGUGGAAUGAAGAUAAAUUCAGCAACUAUGGUACUUACUACUAUUCAAAUGGAGAUAGAUAUGAAGGUGAAUAUAAAAAAGGCAUGAAAAGCGGUUUCGGUAUAUAUUAUUACUCAAAUGGAAAUAUCUAUGCAGGCAACUUCGAAGAAAACUAAAUGGAUGGAGUGGGAAAAUUCAUCUUCACAGACGGUGAGAUCUUUAUUGGAAAUUUCAAAAAAAAUAAAAAAGAAGGUUUUGGAAUCAAAAAGUAAUCUUAUGAAUAAGUAGAUAUGAUUUUAUCAGGCAAGUGGAUCAACGACAAUCAAAAUGGUUAAUUUAAAAUAACAUUAUCUAGCCUAAAAGAUGUUACAAUGAAUGCAUUCUUUAAGAAAGGAGAAAUUUCAGAAAAUGCAAAAUAUACAGUUAAAAUAUCUCAAGAUAAAGAAGUGAGUUUCAAUGCUAAGUGGAUUAACAACAGAAGAGUCUAAGGUUUCUAAAUUUAAGAAGAUCUUAAGAAAUAAGAAAGCGAAUAUUCUCAAUACUUGAAUAAAAUUGAAUAGUUUGAUAAGGAAUAUAUCAAAUUCAUUCCUCCUACUAUUAAAGUUGAAUCUGAUGUUAAAAAUGCUAAUAAAAAUGCUUGA